UGUCAGAGCUGUGUCGGUGGAAGCUUUGAGUAUCCUCUCAGUCGAGCCUCACUGGACUUUGGACCCGGGUCACCGUCGAGCACCUUAUUUUGAUCUCUGUCAACAUUUUUGUUUGCACGGAGGGCUUCCAUUUCUUUUCUUUUCUUUUUCUUUCUUUUUUUUUUUCCAGAUUCGGAGCUGGGGACAAUUGCUGUCAGCUAACUUCCACAAUAGGUCGCUGCGUCGCCGGACUGCUGCAUAUGUUUGAUUUAUUUUUAUUUGACAUUUUUUUAGCUUAACACUUUAACUCCAGCCCUUCCAGCCGUGCCCAAUGCCGAGGAAUGGAUAGUGUGUCUGCUAAAGGCGGAAAGAUGGUCGAGAGUGAUGAGCAGCCGGAGAGGGAUAGCGGCGGUGGCGCAGCGAUGGCCGCGCUACAUCAGUGCGAACUGAUCCAGAAUAUGAUUGAUAUCUCCAUCUCCAGCUUACAGGGGCUACGCACCAAAUGCGCCGCCACCAACGACCUCACACAGCAGGAAAUACGAACUUUAGAGGUGAAGCUGAUGAAAUACAUCUGUAAACAGCUCCAGUGCAAGCAGAAAGUGCCAGAGACAGAGAGGCCCGAGGCCCUAGACAGCUAUCCACACUUGCGAGACUGGUUACGCACCAUCAACCUGCGACCAGAGCUCAUUGAGGCCGUGGAGGCAAAGCUGUCGCUGGAUACCUUACUGCAGAUGACAGGAGCUCAGGUGAGAGACACAAUGCGAAGACUUGGGUCCAGCUCAGAAGAAUGUGCCAGACUCGGUGCUGCCCUCUCCUGUCUAAAGAGUGCUACUGAAUCAGGGGGCGAACUAAGAGAUGACAGCAGUCUCUGGCUGUCUGAGCCCACCAGGAGGGACAGCGGCUCUCUGCUGACAGCGGACCAGCUAACCAACCUGGGGACCCCACUCCGCCCACACAGCCCCUCGCCUCUAGCCCGCCCAUCCACCAUCCAGUCCACCCCAUCCACUCCCUGCGCAACCUUCCCCCACCCUCGCUCGGGCUCGGUGUCAGCGGCGCCCACGCCAGACGCACAUGGCGACAGCCCUCUCACAGAUCCAUUCCCUAUGUCCUUCGCCCGCGCAGCCCGCCUCCAUGGGCACACCUCCACCCCACCUAUAACGCCGCCUUCAAAGAGGCGUCAUCGGUUGAAGCCUCCCUGCACCCCUCCCCCGCCAUCCCGCAAGGUACUGCACCUGCUUCCUAACAUCACACUGACGCGCAGCAAAAGCCACGAGUCUCAGCUGGGCAACCGCAUCGAGGACCCUCCCAUCAACAAGUGUGUUAAAAAGAACAAGUUGUUCCUGAACAUGCAAGUCAACGGUAACGGAUGUGAGGAUUCGCUUUCUCGCUACCCUGUUGUGUCUGCAAGGACACCCGGUGCCACCCCAGCUGCCAACACAGCACCUUACACCCUUCCUGGAACUCCCACACUUCUGGAGGAGCACAGCACAAUUAAGAAUAAUGUAGCAGUGCAUCGCAGCUCUCCACAAGCAGUAAGGAGGGAUAUAGGGCUUGCAGUCACACACAGGUUUUCCACCAAAUCCUGGUUGUCCCAGACGUGUCAAGUGUGCCAGAAGAACAUGAUGUUUGGAGUUAAGUGCAAACACUGUCGAUUAAAGUGCCACAACAAAUGUACAAAGGAAGCUCCAUCCUGCAGAAUCUCCUUUCUACCAAUUGCCAAAAUUCGGAGGACCGAGUCAGUUCCCUCUGAUAUAAACAACCCAGUGGACCGGCCGCAGGAAGCACCGCAGUUUGGCACACUACCAAAGGCUAUUACGAAAAAGCAGGAUCAUCCACCAGUGCUGAACCAGCUGGACUCCAGCAGCAACCCAUCCUCCACCACUUCAUCCACACCUUCCUCCCCAGCACCCUUCCAGCUGAGCAACCCCCCCAGUGCCACGCCACCGCCCAACCCUUCGCCCAAAGGUCAUCGAGACAGCCGAUUUAAUUUCCCAGCUGCCUGUUACUUUCAGCAUAGACAGCAAUUUAUCUUCCCGGAUGUUUCCAGUCCUGCAAAUUUCCACUCAGAUGUUCUCCAGGACAGAGUCAGUGAGAUAGAGCCAUCAUCGGACGACGUACAUGAUGAGCUGGUAGAAGAUGACGAUGAAGAGGAAGGGGACGAGGAGGUCGAUGAUGAAGAUCACGAAGGGGAGGAGGAGGACAAUGAGGAGGAUGAUGAGGACAAUGUGGAUGGAGGAGAAGAUGAGGAUGACAGGGGGGAGAUCAGGAUGAACAUGGGCUCCGACGGCGAGUGCGAUGAGCUGGAUGAUCUGCCCAACUCUCGGGGAAACCAGUGGAAGGGCCCCAUCUCCCGCAAGGCCAGUCAGACCAGUGUUUACCUGCAAGAGUGGGACAUCCCCUUUGAACAGCUGGACCUUGGGGAGCUCAUAGGAAAGGGCCGCUGGGGAAAAGUGCACAAGGGCCGGUGGCACGGCGAGGUGGCCAUCCGGCUUCUUGAGAUCGACGGGAACAAUCAGGACCACCUAAAGCUCUUUAAAAAGGAGGUGAUGAACUACAGACAGACCAGGCACGAGAAUGUGGUCCUCUUUAUGGGAGCCUGCAUGGCUCCACCCCACCUGGCCAUUAUCACCAGUUUUUGUAAAGGGAGGACACUCUACUCAGUAGUUCGAGACACUAAAAACACUCUGGAUAUUAACAAGACAAGACAAAUCGCUCAGGAGAUUGUAAAGGGAAUGGGCUAUCUGCAUGCCAAAGGCAUUGUUCACAAAGACUUGAAGUCAAAGAACGUUUUUCAUGACACCAAUAAGGUUGUGAUCGCAGACUUUGGCCUGUUUGGGAUCUCUGGAGUUGUUCAGGAGGGAAGGCGUGAGAAUAAACUCAAACUUCCACAUGGCUGGAUUUGUUAUCUCGCACCAGAGAUUGUGCGCAGAAUGAGCCCAGGUAACAAUGAGGACCGCCUCCCUUUUUCCACCGCAGCAGAUGUGUACGCCUUUGGCACAAUUUGGUAUGAGCUUCAAGCUAGGGACUGGCCAAUCACUAACCAGCCUGUGGAAGCUACCAUCUGGCAGGUGGGGAGCGGAGAGGGCAUAAAGAAGAUUUUGGCAGAGAUCAGCCUGGGAAAGGAGGUCACUGAAAUCCUCUCUGCCUGCUGGGCAUAUGACUUGAGAGAAAGGCCGACCUUUACGCAGCUGGCUGACAUGCUGGAGAAGCUACCCAAACUCAACCGCAGACUGUCCCACCCUGGACAUUUUUGGAAGUCUGCAGAGUUGUAGCCGUCACUCUGAAACAAAAGCAAUGCAAAACAAAGCCUGGGUCUGCCUUGCAUGCUCCUGAAUCCUUAACUCUUACAGGAUUGAUCAAAGCAUUGCCUCUGUCUGAAACAGGCGCCACUUCCACUAAUCCACAGUCCGAUCUUCCGUGUUGUGUUAUUUCCUUGUUCGGAAGAGAGGAUCGUUGGACUGAGGUGUGACGGACAACUGUUGUCGCCCUCCACCCUAAAUCCCUUCAUUCGUCUAAAAACAAAAAAAACAGCUCUUUGCCUUCCUGCUGGUCUUCUCCUGUAAUGUCAGUCGAGACUAUGAGGCUUCUGACUAACCGGCUUGUGGUGUCUGUGCUGAGACUGACUGGUGUGCUGUGGUCUGUGCCUGCUGAUGGCUGCCCUGUCCUCGGCCCUGCUCAACUUCUCUGUGCUGCUGCGAUGUGGUUGUUCUUGCCAGGGGUGGUCCUGACCACAUGGCUCUCUUUCUAUCUAAAACACGAACACGAACACACACGCACACACGCAAAUACACACUGCUGGACAAAAAAUGGACCUUAAUACCAAACACCCUGCUUCAUUUAUCUCUUCACUCCCUGGGUGGUGGUGGUGGAGGGGGUUUGACACAACUUUGACAGGCUGCUUGAGUGAUGAUCUUAAACCACCUGCCUCCUCCUUCUCAGAUUUUUUUAUUUUAUUUAAAUUUUUUUAAGGAUUGUAGGAUGGCAUGUGCUGAGAAGUCUAAAUGCAAUAUGCACUUUGUCAAAAUGGAAAAAAAUCAUAGACUCCUAUUUUUUUGUUUCUUUUGUUUUUGAGUAGGGUUUCUUUUGCAGUGUUUAUUUUUCCCUUGGACAGUGUGAUAUACUUAUUUGUCAUUUUUGGAGCGUGGUCUGGUGAAUUCACUGUUUAUUCGAUGCUUGAAAAAGGGGGCACUGAUAAAGAGUUGUGUAUGCUAAACAAGCUGAAGUGGAAGACAAAUGCAAACAGAAAACAAAGACUAUCUACACGAAAAUAGAAAACUACCGUCUAUUUCUUUCUGCAGACUUUUUAAUAGCAAUGCUCAUCUGUUGAAGUGUGAAGUGCACCUUAAAAGGACAUUGCUUCGGGGAGUUGAGUGAUCGCAUUUUCUGUGCAACAAAAAAAAAAAGAAAGAAAGAAAAGAGGGAAGGAGAAAUCAGGAAUCUGGUGCAAAAAAGUGUCCUAUACCUUCCUUAAACAGUACCUCUUGUGCGUGCUUGUGUAUACUGUUUGUGAUUGCUGGCUUCAGUUGGUGUGCUUGUGGUUAUGUGUCGACUGAGUGAGCGUACUGUGUUGGAACAUGUAGGGUUGUUUUUGUUCUGUUUGAUUUUUUUUUUUUGGGGGGGGGGGUAUUUGUGAAAGACUACAGUAAAUGUUGUGUUGCAAAUCCAAUGGUAUGUAAUGUACUGUAUAUACAUUAUUUAAUGUACAGCAAAUUAAGACGAUUCUUCUAAUAUUUCUACAAACAUUUUAUAUGUAAAACACAUGACAACAUUUUUGAACUGGUGGUACUCUGGCUAUUACAGAUGUGCAUAUAUAUUUAUAUUUUUUUCAUGUACAGAAUGCUGUAUAAAAGCUGUACAAUUUUUUUUUUUUUUUUUUAAGUAUUGGCCAAUCCGUGUUUUUGUUUUCUUUUUUUUAUGUUGUUGUAAAAAUUCAUAUUUUUGUAUUGCAUGUGAUUACCAUUCUGUACACGCAGUUUGUGUUUUCAUCCAUGGAAAACAAUAAAGUGAGGCUUGUCAUGUAAAUACAGCUGAUACGGUUAUUUUGCAGCUGAUGGUAAGUUGGUAAAAUGUGUGUUUUCCAGCACAGGUAUUCACAAUAACUGCACUAUGUAUCAUAUCAACAUGAUGGCAUCAACUGACCAGAUCCCAAAGGUGCUGUGUUGCACUGACAUCUGAUGAAUGUGGAGGCCAUCUGGUCAAAAUGAAAUCACUUUGUUUAAGAAACUAGUUUGAAAUUAUUUAGGCUUUGUGACAUUGUGCUCAUUAAGGGAUGGACAUGCUCAGGAACAAUACUCAGGAAGGCUGUGCUGUUUAAAUCAUGCUCACAGGGAAGCCAAAGAGUGCCAGGAAAACAUUCCCCACAUCAUUACACCAUCACCAGCAUCAUGAACAGUUGAUACAAGGUGAGAUGGAGCCAUGCUUUCAUGUUGUUAAUCACGUGUUCAGAAAGCAAGGCAGGCAACUGCUUGGUCCCAGAGGGCUGGCAGAUUUGGAAUUACAGCAACGACAAUAAGAAGGGGGGAAAGCAAGACUGGGUAUGCCACCCAACAGAUGUCUGCGUGACCAGCAGCAACACAGAACAGAGCACCAAAACCACUUCCUUUUCUUAAUAUAGCCUAAAUGGAGAAGUAAGAAUGAGUCAGAAAGACAAGUGUGUCGUUGAUUUAGAUUACUGUCAAAUCUCCCAGCAGCUUUCCACAUCAUUCACAUCUCUUCACCUGCAACAUACUGAAUACGUGAUUAUAGUAUUCACACAGAGCCGUAGUCUUCUUGGAACUAUAUCAAGAUCAUCAUCAAUAUACAAAUAUGAAUGGCCUGCUCAUCCUGGGUGUAUUGCUGUUUAUUCCAGGGCAAAGUGGUGCUAACCAUGCCAGCACCAGCCCUCAAUCUAUUCCCAGUGAAUCCACAACUAAUGUAUCAACAACAACUUCCACUGGUUCUACAAGCAGGACUGAAUCUCAGCCUGCCACUUACACUGUCUCCACUACCAGCAUCACCACCACCACCACCCCUGUGAGAACAGGAACCACCACCCGAAGUGUUUUUCUACAUUUCACAGCUAAAUGCCGUGACCUGUACAUACUGUCUGGCAUACUGUUAUUAAUCGCCGUUAUUUUUAUUAUAUCGACACUGAUGUUGCUGUGCAAGGUGUGCCAGUUGAGGAGACGUCUGAGAACCGAUGGCGAAUCUGUCAGCAACAACGAGUACUGGAUGAGGACUGACAAUAGGGACAAAAGCAAGCCUGACUCUGAGAGAGAAGCCAAAGAGAGCACCAUGUUAAUGGCUGAGCUAACUCCAGCACAAGGGGAGACAAAUAACGGCACCAUCAAAGAAGACGGUGAGAAGGUAAAGGAAGAUGAGAAAACACCAGAGGAGAAGGCAGUGGGAGAUGCGGCCAACAGCGAGGAGGCUUCAGCCGCACCUGUAACUGCAGCUGAAGAUUCACCCUCCCCCAACCCACAGGCGGCCACCGAAGCCCAGCCCAGCCAAGCUGUGGAAGCAGCCUCCUCUGAGGGCAAAGAGGAAGGUGAUGUAGAAAAGAAAUAGGAAGAUUCCCAUCUCAUUCCUAAGAUUCCCACAACUUCUAAAUGCUCGGGUUUUAUGGAUGUCUUACACUGUGUGUUUCAUACUUUGAAUAGCUCAUGAAAUAACUCAAGAAACUGCCCCCUUUUGUGUUCUUAUACAGCCUGCAUCACUCUUCUUAUAUAUUGGAUAAGAAAAAUGGGAUAGUGAUCAACUUCUUGAGUAAAUCGUAGCACAAGACGUUGAUGUCUGAUAAGACAAGCUAAAUAUAUGAACAUUUUGUUUUCUUUGCCAGAGGAUGUGAUGUGGAGUUUUGUGUAUAGCUGCCUUUAUUUCACUUUGUUUAAAGCCUUUAACUGUAAUUUUUUUUUCCAGGCAGAUUUUUUGUUCUAUUUUUGAUUAACAAAAUCAAUUUGAUAAUCAACCAGCUGUGUGUAUUCUAAGCUAGUCAACCAUUUCUUACUGGAAAAACAACAGAGUGAUGUUGCUUCCAAUUCUUGUGUGUGAAAAUUAAAAUAUUUUAACAUUA